ACACAUAAUGCAGUUCCAUUAAAAAAUACCAGAACUCUAAAGUUUACAUUACAGGUGUUUAAAAACUUCAGCAGCACUGCAGUAUCUGAAUUGCUUGUACCAGAACAACACAUACUAUCAUACCACCUUCAUACCAGUAUCACUGCAAAUAAUAGCUGCUCUGUGGUGGUCUAUGCUGUGGGCGCCUGACCAUUGAAGAACAGAUUGAAAGGAGGAUAAUAAAAUAUGCAGAGAUACAGAUACAGGACUACAGUCUGUAAUUAUAGAACCAAUAUGUGCUUAUAUAUAGUGAUUGGAGUGCUUAUAACCCAAAAGGGUAGUAACCAUGAAAUGAGCCUUGCCAGCCAUGCAUUUCCAAAAAUGUUUUGAAACAAAUAUUUACCUGAGUGCAAUUGUUGCUUCCAUUGACCUGCUCGUAUAUGUUUUUUCUGUCAUCAGAUGAUAUGUGAACCUUCCUGUCUACUCUUCUUUCUACCUAAUAUGCCUGGCCACUUCUAUGCCUGCCUACCUACCUACUCACUUAGAUUUCCAACUGUCCACAUUCCUACCAACCAAAUCUGUCUUUCUACAUAUGCAGUUGUCUACUCUACCUGUCUAACUAUCUGCCUACCUACCAAUAUGUCUGUCUAACUAUCUACAUACCCAAAUUUCUGUCUACCUGCCUACCUACCUAUCUGUCUACCUGCCAGCUUUCCUACAUACCUUGUUUCAUACCCGUUUCUGUCUACCUAUCUACCUGCCUAUCUAUCUACCUAUUUAACUGCCCAUCUGUUUAAUUACCAAACAUACUUAUCUUCCUAUCUACCUUUUAUUAAUUUGUUUACCUACCUACAUAUCAGACUGUCUACCUGCCAUCAUGUCUGCCUGGCUGUCUACCUAACAAUCUCUUUUUCACUCUGCCUGUUUUAAAAAAACAGAAAAAUUAGCCAAGUGGCAAAGUCAUUGCGUAAAUAGGUGACUAAAUGCAGCAGAAGUCAAGUAAUCCCUGAGUUUAGUUUUUUAGUUUUUUCUACACUGCUCCCAGCUUUUAUCUAUUCAUUACACAAUUUUAAGCCUCAUAUUUUUUUUAAAUGUGCUAGAAUUCCUCCACUGAUCCUCCACUUAUAAGACUUCCCCAUCUCAACCACAGAUCAGCUGCCCAUUGUUCAGUUUUUGCAACAUGCCUUGGACAAGUUUCUCACUCUCCACUAUGCUACGAUUACAUCCAAAUUUAUAUGAACUGCUAUACAUUUGAGUAUAUUAGACCUGUAUGGAUGUAUAAUGUACAGUAUGAGCCCUCUUCCUCCUCCAGCUCUGAGGGAGUUUUUCCUUGCCUCCACGCUCACUUUGGGUUCUGUAUUGUAUGUUUAAUGUGUUGCCUGAUUCUCUGUCCUGUGAUCACAUUUCUGUUAAGCUGCUUUGCGACAACAUCAGUUGUAAAAAGCGCUAUACAAAUAAAUUUGUUUUGAUUUGAUUUGAUUUAAUAUGAUAAUAAGCCCAACACAAAGACAGAUUUCAGUCAUAUCAAGAAGAAAUAGAAAGCCCAUUUCUUCAGAGCUUUGUCUGGGAACGAGUACUUUCAAUCAAUGUUUAUUACAGUAGAGGACUGUGCUCAUGUGUUUGUUUGUUCUCUGAAUGUCACAUCUCAAAACAGUUCCUCCUGUAUUAAAAUGUUUACCGACAUUUUACAGGUGAGCACCAUAAUUAUCCACUUUAAAGGGCAUCAAAGAGCCUUAAUAAGAAAAGGAAUGAUUGUUUGAUUAAAUAUUUCUGGGAUGUCUGUCUGUUUGCCCUGUUCUAUGCUGACUCUCUGUAGAGGUGCCUGGUGAGAUUGAGGAAUGUGGCAGGCUGCUGUUAAAGCAGAGAGUCUGCCUCUGCUUGGUUUUCCUCUCUCUCUCCUUUCACAGAGGACGACAGUGUUGGUUUUGCUUCAGUCACACAGAUUUAGGCUGUACUCGGUUUUCUGGAGGAAUAUGGGCCCUUGCUGCCUGAUUGUGUCAUUUCACUUGACAUUCUCAGGUGUCGUGACCAGAUAACAGGAAUCGUCCUGUUUCCUCUAUCAAGUGGAAGUAUACUCCAGCCACACUGCAUCAGAGAGUGAUUGGACCAGUCGAUGGACAUGAGAGUGACCUGGCCUCCUGGAUUGACAGGUUUCUGUGUGGCAGUGAUGGGCUGCCUCUCGUGCCUGAGACUGGGCUCGCCACAUGCUGCUGAGGGGCUGGCCAACCCAAACACAACAGACAAGAGUCGAGUUCCCCCACACAUUAUCUUCGUGAUGGUGGAUGACCAGGGCUACAGUGACAUCGGCUACCAUGGCUCAGAGAUCCACACGCCCAUACUGGACCAGCUGGCUUCUGAAGGGGUGAAGCUGGAGAACUACUACGUCCAGCCCAUCUGCUCUCCAUCACGGAGCCAGCUCAUGACUGGACGGUAUCAGAUCCACACAGGACUCCAACACUCCAUCAUCCGUUCCCGUCAGCCCCUCUGCCUGCCCCCAGACACACCCACCCUGCCUGAGAGGCUGCGGCAGGCCGGUUACAGCACACACAUGGUGGGCAAGUGGCACUUGGGCUUCUGCCGGCCUGAGUGUCUGCCUACUGCUCGUGGCUUCCAGAGCUUCCUGGGCUCUUUGACGGGCAGCGGUGACCACUUCAACUUCCAGAGCUGUGACGGAGCAGAGGCCUGCGGCUUCGACCUGCACGAUGGAGAACGACCAGCAUGGGAGCUGAGCGGCAAUUACUCAACACGCCUGUACACAGAGAGGGUGAAAAAGAUUUUGCGGACUCACAACAGAAAGAAGCCUCUGUUCCUGUACGUGGCACUUCAGGCUGCCCACACACCCUUACAAGCCCCUGCCCACCUCCUUCAGCGCUACCAUUUCAUCGGUAACCGGCUGCGGCGCCAUUAUGCUGCCAUGCUGAGCGGGGUGGAUGAGGCAGUGGGGGAAAUUGUGGGGGAGAUGCGGGAUCAAGGUUACUACCCCAACUCUGUACUCAUCUACUCUUCUGAUAACGGUGGGCAACCUCUUUCAGGGGGCUGCAACUGGCCCCUACGUGGAGGAAAGGGCUCAUACUGGGAGGGAGGGGUGCGGUCAGUGGGAUUUGUGCACAGCCCUCUGCUGGAGAGAAAAGGUGUGGUCAGCCGUGCUCUCAUCCAUGUCUCAGACUGGUACCCCACUCUAUUGAAUUUGGGGAGAUCUCUGAAGCCAGCCCCUCGGCAUCUGGACGGCUUUGACGUAUGGGGUGCCAUCAGUAAGGGUCAGCCUUGCCCAAGGACUGAAAUCCUCUUUAACAUUGACCCCGUCUCACGUCGGCCUGGAGAGGUUGACCACAGGCUGUUAACGGUCAAUGGCUUUGGAAUCUGGGACACCGGAGUACGAGCAGCAAUUCGAGUGGGUGACUGGAAGCUUUUGACGGGGAAUGUAGGGGACGGGGACUGGUUCCCCCCUCAGCUCUUACCCAGUGGUCCACAGCAAUGGCAGGGCAUGGAGAAGAGACAGGACCAGCGGGGCAAAUCCGUCUGGCUCUUCAACAUCACCGCUGACCCCUAUGAAAGGGCAGACAUGGCAAAGGCUCGCCCUGAAGUGGUCAAACUACUGCUCUCAAGGAUAGCUGAGUACAACCAGACAGCUGUACCAGCCAGAAACCCCCCAGAUGACCCCAUGGCUGACCCCCAGCUCCAUGGAGGCGUGUGGACACCAUGGCUUACAGAGAAAGAAGAAACGGUGAGGGAUGAGGAUGGGGAGAUGACAGAUGGACACGGUAGAACAGUCCGGUUCAAGUCCUGCAAGGUGUGCAAACUCAGAGCUCUGUUCAAAAAGGUCGGAACCCGUCUACAAAGAUCUGCACUGUUCUUCUAGGACAUCGGAUUUAGCCUUUGACCAUUAAGAGAACACUCAUACUUUUAUAUACUUUUAUAUAUAACUUAUUAAAAUCUUAUCUUAAAAUCUAAUCUUAAAAACUUUAACAUAAAAAAUUACAGUGUUUUAGUUACAGAAUAUAGAGUGAAUAAUAAUAAAAACCUACAUACCCUAAA